CUCACCUCCUCUAUCCACCGUCACGCUCAUUUUGUUGUCUGCAAAUCUCCCCAACGUUUCUUUCUCUCUCUCUCUCUCUCUCUCUCUCGAUCUCGAUCUCAAGCUCCACCAACUCCUCUCUCAUUAAGGAUAUAUCAAUCAUGGCUGUUCUAGUCUAUCUGGUGCUUUUCCUGGCCCUGACUGGCCAUUCAAGUGCUACUUACUGCUUCUGCAAAGAUGGGUUGAGUGAUCAAGCCCUUCAGAAGACGCUGGAUUAUGCUUGUGGAGCUGGAGCUGACUGUAGCCCGAUCCUUCAAAGUGGUGCCUGCUACCAACCUAACACUGUAAAGAAUCACUGCGACUAUGCUGUGAACAGCUAUUUCCAGAGGAAGAAUCAAGGUCAAGGGACUUGUGAUUUUUCCGGCACUGCCUCCCCUAGUCAAACUGCCCCCACCGUCGCUUCCGCUAGCUGUGUUUAUCCCGCAAGUGCCAGCCAAGCAGGAACAGGCACCACCACAACCAACACAAGCACAACCCCCCCAAGCACCACUACUCCCACAACUGGAACCCCAACAACAACCACAGGGUCAGGCAUAGGCAUCCCCCCUCCGCCGGGGCUUAUCACCGGAAUUAGCCCCACCGGAACCACCACCACCACCGGCAUCGACGGCACUGGUGAAGGUGCCGCUCUCACCAGAGGCACGGGAAUAUUCUUCUCUCUUGCUCUGACCUUGUGGUCACUAUUGCUGUGGGGCUGAGGGUCAAAAAAUAAAACAAAAAACCUAGUUAAUAGGAGGUAUAAUUUAGUAGGGUUGAUGUGUGGACUAGAUGUCGCCACGACAGGAGGGGUAGGCGUGUAAUUUCCAUUGGUUGCAUUGGGCAUUACAAACAAACCCCAUUAAGAUUUUUUCCUCCUAUGUUAAAAAAAAAAGCUGGGAAUUUGGCUCCUUUCUGAGUGGUGACAUGACUGCUAUUGUAUUUGGGGGGGUUAGAGAGCCUGAUCUCUUCUUUUUAGAGUUUGAGUUUUUGUUGUAUAUCUACAGAGAGGUAGUAUUUUUUGAAUUUAAUGGAACUUUUAUAAGUUCAGUGA